AUGAAGCCUGUUGCACAUUCCAACGUGAACAUGAGGAGGAGUUGCCACUUCUGCCGACUUAGGAAGAUAAGGUGCUCUGGCCAAAAUAUCUGCUCCGCUUGUCGGGAACGCAACAUUGAUUGCGUUUAUGAAGCUGAGGCCUCGAAGGGAAGACCAAAGAAUGGAGCACCAAGAGGAGGAAGAAUCGAAAAGAUCAAAGGUGGAAAGAGCUUGCAUGCUGGAUUGAACAUCCCACCGGGAACAUUCGACUACUUGACCCAGACUCAGGACAAUCUAGCAGUAGAACUCAGGUCGACCUUCGAAGAGAUCUUUGGCAAGAGGUCAUCUUAUGCGGUCAAGAACGGUAGCCCUCGCCCUACCGGGCAGAUGGACCCUGCUGGCCAGGAGAUCUUUAUCCAUGGAUCUGAAAAUGCAUCGACUGCCAGCCUUGGCCUUCCAAAUAUCGACAAUGAGAAGAUCCUGGAGACAAUAAACUAUGAAAUCAUCGAGACUGUCUGCAACAAUGUCAGCAACUUGGGAUGCGAACCUUUGAGCAGGAAUAAAUCUAGACUUAUCUCUAAGAGCAUGCUCAUGGAUCGUACUUCAAGGAUGUUUGAACCAGCACCACGCAUGCCUGUUGAAGACCCUCUUGCCCAAAACGAAACCCAUACAACUCUCCAGAUGAUUGAUGUUUGGCUGUCGGCACAUCCACUAUCCUGCAUUAUUUCGAAAACACUUUUCCUUCGCAGCAUCAGGAACAAUGAAUAUGACCCCGCUCUUUUGUCGAUAAUCUUGUCGGAUGCAUUCGGAUUUAGCAUUAGCAAGGGAAGCCAUGAGGAAGCCGAGAAGUUCUAUUACUGGGCCAUCGCCUGCCUCCAGAACAUCUCCUACUCGACUGCCAACAUGUCCACUGCACAAACCCUCAUCCUCCUCGGGUGGCAUGAACUCCGCCAGAAUCGUCCAAAGCAGGCAAUCUGCUACUUUACCAUCGCUUCCCGCGUGGUUCGAAUCCUAUGGGAGGGCAUUACUGACGGCGAAGGCCCAUGCACCAGCCAAAUCAACGGCGUAUGCGAAGGCGAAGUUGAGACCGAGCUCAUUAUCAACAUGCAGUGGAUCACUUCUGCUCUGCGACUGUGGAUGCUACUCCAGAUCGACUCAUCGUUGAUCGACUUGGAAGAGACUAAAUCCUUCACCACAUUGGUCAUUUCCAACGAGACUGACUCCAAGUUGGUCGAGUUGGAUCUUGCUUCUGACAACGUCUCCACCCUGAACGCUCAAGCCAAGUCCCUCCGCAGCCUCCUUUCCCUUAGUGUCACUACUUUGACCGCAUCUCGUCUCUUGGUUAUCUACGACCAACAUGAAAGAUUUUUCCCAGCUACACCUUCCCAUUACGGAUGGACAAGUCCUAAUGCCCCACAGCCAUCUGACAAGAGAAUGCUCAUGGAAUCAUUCACUGCACAGUCUCGUGCAGCUAUCAACAAUGUUUGCAAGGCCUCAUACAGUGCUUCGCAGAACUCGAUGUCGAGAGCAGAGUCUGAUCUCAUGUUCUCGAUCUUCGAAUUCGCCAUCUUCUUCCCUCACUCUGGGGAACAAGACCCACAGAAGCAGUUUAUCGAUGAGAGGAAUGCAGAGGAACUCCUCGAACUUCUCAAGCUUAUCCUGCAACAGCCUCUUCUCGCUCCUCACUUCACAGGCCAGGAGAUUCCACAGCUUAAUAACAACGCAGAACUCCCAACGGAGCUCAUUGUCCUCACCUUGGACGUCUCCGCCCGCGUUUUGCAACACCUUGUUAGCUUCUACGGUGGUGACCACUCAGAGCCCUCUACGAGCCCCGCUAGGCACGAGGAUCUUGCUAGAAUCUCCGCAAUGAUGCUCGACCUCUUGAGAAGCGACCGUCUCCCAUUCUCUGGAAGCCGUAUCAGGCCCACCAAGAGACUCCUGAGGAGGACUAAGCUUAUUCUUGCAUAUCGUCAAAAUCCCUCUAGCAUUCCCCAUAUGGAGCCAAGUUCCUCGGACUCUGGUUCUAGCAAUUCGAGCGUCUCCUCCUCUCCAUGGCCACCUAUGACUACCUCCUACCCCACCGGAGGACCUCUUCAAAUUGCCCCUGGUAUCGGCGGCCCUAUGCCAUAUGAGAUUCCGGUUACAACUGCCUCCCCCACCAUCAUCCAUCCUGAAUACGCCUACACCCUCAACGACCAAAUCGCCACGACUUUUCCUGAGGAGCAUCACUACAAAUUGAACCUUGUCACAUCUGGGCCCACUGAGGACCGACAGAGGAUGCCAAACCUCAUGUAUUCUCAGUACACUGUUUAUUAA